AUGAUCUCCAAGACCGAACCGACUGCCGAAAGCACUUUCUGGGACAAUGCUGACAAGCAUCUCAUGCAUACUGGUGUUCCAUUCUCACCGGUUAUUAUCACCAAGGCUCAAGGUACAAGACUCUACGAUGCCGACGGCAGAUCAAUCCUGGACUUCACCUCUGGUCAGAUGAGCUCGCUCCUUGGACACUCUCAUCCCGAAAUUGUCGAAGUCGUUCGAAAACAUGUCGGCGAGCUUGAUCACUUGCUCAGCAAUAUGAUCACUCAGCCAGUCGUAAACCUGGCUGUGCGCUUAGCCAGUCUACUCCCUGCACCUCUUGAGAAAUCGUUCUUUCUCAACACCGGUUCUGAGUCGACAGAGGCUGCCAUCAAGAUGGCAAAAUGCUACACCGGAAAAUUCGAGAUUGUCGCUUUCACCGCGAGCUACCAUGGUCUUACUUCAGGCUCUGGGUCUGCCACCUAUUCGGCAGGACGCAAAUUCGGCGGCCCGGCAAUGCCUGGUCAACUAGCCUUUCCCGCGCCAUAUCCCUACCGCUCGCCCUUCAAGAAAGCCGAUGGCUCUUACGAUUGGGAGACCGAAUUAGAAUAUGGCUGGGCUAUGAUUGAUCGUCAAAGCGUUGGCUCAUUGGCCGCAUUUAUCAUGGAACCAAUCCUUUCCACAGGCGGUAUUCUUGAUCCGCCUCCCGGCUACCUCAAGCGCAUGGCUGAAGAAUGCAAGAAGAGAGAUAUGCUUCUCAUCAUGGAUGAGGCGCAAACCGGUGUUGGACGUACUGGACAGAUGUUCGCUUUCCAAAGAGAUGGUAUCGUGCCGGACAUUCUCGCUCUCUCCAAGACACUGGGUUGUGGCUUGCCCCUGGCAUCUGUGACAACAACAGCCGAGAUCGAACGAGGAUGUCGUGAGGCGCGCUUCUUGUGGCUCACCACUCAUCUGAAUGACCCUCUCACGGCAGCAGUCGGAGAUAAAGUUCUCGAGAUCGUGGUGCGCGACAACAUCUGCGAACGAGCCGGUGAACGUGGCGCUCAACUUCGAGCAGGCCUUGAAAGGCUUCAAAAGAAGUAUUGGUGCAUCGGAGAUGUCCGAGGACGUGGUCUCUUCCAAGGCAUCGAGAUUAUCUCAGAUCCUGAGACCAAGGCUCCUGGUCUUGACAUCGGGCAAGCAGUUUCUGAUAAAGCCAUGGCUCUCGGUCUCUCAUGCAACAUUGUGAAUCUUCCUGGCAUGGGUGGUGUCUUCAGACUAGCACCACCUGUCACUGUAUCUGCGGAGGAGAUCGAGGAGGGUUUGCAGAUUCUCGAUUCCGCUUUUGGCGAGGUGUUAAAAUCCCACAGUAACUUGCGUGCUGGUCACGAGCAACCUGCUGUUCCGCUUUGA